AUGUCCAUGUCGCAGAUGGCAGUCCUCACGCAUGCCCAACGCAACAUGCUUAAAACAUUUUUGCCUGCUUUUAAAAUUGUUCGUUCAGGGUCAGUAGAAGAGCAGGAAGAAUUCUGGGAGAGUGUUUACUCCCAGUGGUUUGCAACUUGGCCUGAACAUGCUGUGCACUUUGUGGAGAUACUGCACGACCAAGUGUUGUCUGGCCUGCAGCAGGAAUUGCUCGUUGAAGCCACUAGGUGCUGUCGUCGAAUGGCGGGUAAGAAAUGGGCUACUCCAGAACAAGAGGAGUUUCUCCUCAGCUUCAUGUCUGAAUACCGCGAGACUGCUGCGACCAAGGACUAUGACAAUUUUUUCACGCGCAUCUGGGCUUUAUGGUUUGAAAGGUGGCCUGAGGAACACGUUAUCUUCAAAGACAUGCCAGACGAUUAUGUUCGCACCCCGGAUGGCAUCAAGGCUCUGGCGACCGCAGUUGCGACACAUCAGCAACAAUUGGUCACUUUGUAUAGGUGGCAGAUGAACCCUGCACGUCAUGCUCGCUCCAAAGGCGCCAGGGGUGUCCUGAAGUUCGAUACCAUCUUAGGUGGGGGUGUGGAACUCAAAGGGACACAAGCACCACAAAAAAUUGAUAUUUACUCACACGAAUUCUAUGGAGUGAAGGUUAAGCACACUGCAGAUGAUGCAAUCGCAGCAGAAAAUAUCACCAAUAGAGGUCCGAAGCUGAACAAACGACAUGAGAUCACACGGAAAUAUCGCAAGGCAAAAGCAAAGUUUGCAAAAAAGCGCCAGCAGCUGAAGUCUGGGAAGGCAUUAAAAAUUGAUGAUGCCACAAAAGUGAAAGCUAUCCAGCAGCUUGGUCCAAUGCUCGACCGCAUCCUGAAGUAUCUUGCACAUAUUACAGGUGGAUGGAAAUUUACCGUUCUCAUGGGGGGUUGUGAUCCUGGGACAGGUGAAAUGUCAGUGUUCAACUACCACGUUGGCGAACUUCAAAGCGGCGCCCAGUUCAAUCAUGUAUACAAAGACUUCGAUGGAAUGCAGGCUGCCUUUCUAGCGUUCGUGGAAAACACUCUUGCAUUCGAGUCUACCCUACCACAUGAUGAGUCGGCAAUGGAUGAAGACGACGAGUCAUCAUCGAACUGGGACAGCAAUGAAGAUUGUAACAAUGAGCAGGAAAAGAGUGUCGAGGAGGGUAUGAGUCGAGUCAUCAAGGAUGUCCCAUCCUUUGAUACAAGCGGCCUGUAUCAAAUGACUCCCCAACCUGAAGAAAUUCUUGGGGAUAACACAAGCAACUCGCAUACUGCGUGGGGCACCUCUGCCGCUUUUGACCCGAUCAUAGCAGGCACCAUCAAUUUUUCUGCCUUCGAUCCCCACGCCUUCACCAAUAUUGUCGACAAUCCUAAUUUCGAUCCUGGUGCCCUCGAUAAUGCUCGGGGUACGAUAUCUGACUUGUCUCUCGCCAACCUGACAUCUCCAGACAACCGUGAUAGUCCAUAUUUACCUCCGAAUCUACAGGUGGAGGUACUUCUUCCGGCUGUUCAAUCUGCGAAUAGUGAGGAAGAACAGGACAAUGAUCCACUCCUUGACCAGCCAGAGGUCCGUUCUCAUUGUGGAGUGCAUAGACGACGUGUUGAGAGAUCUCCGGCUCCUACACUAUCUAUGGGCCCAUCUACAUUGCCGGACCCUCCGGCAGCGCAUGUGCCUCGUCUCCGCACAUGCAACAAUGUGCCCUUCAACCCACGAGAGCGUGAUAAUGACAUUGGAGUUCCAACACAUCGUGCUUGUCCCGCAGACUCACGGAACAUCCUGCCUCAGAUCGUCUUGCCUCAGCUGAAACCCCUGGAUAUGAAAUGGCAUCAUAAUUUCUGCCUGGGAAGACACAAGCACAAAUCUAGAUCCACUCACUUGGCCACUGUCCAUGUCAGCAUUGAAUGCACUCACUCCAAGCAACAAGAACAUGCUACUGCAAUCAAUGACCUUGAACAACUGCAUGAUGAUCUCCUCACUGACCAAACCGCUCUUGUUGACAGCUGGGCCGAGCCUAAGCUGGGCCAGAACAUCACUACUCAGAGUCGUCUCAUCCAUCUCCUCUCCCUCUUUCUCUUUCUCUUCCUUGCCUUCUUCCCUCCUCUUGCUCUCAUCCGUCUGUUGGGAACAGUGUGGUGGAGCUCUCAUGGUCCUGAGAUCAUCUGCAAACUUCGUCGAACCUGGUUCGAACACGAACUGGACCUCCUGAAUGUGUUUGGUCCAGGGUUCGACCAAAUGGCUGAACUGAACCUAUGGCUCAGUUUGGCAUUCGGAAAAUUUCCCCAAGAACUGGACUGA